UGACCGACUAGUCCCAGUCUUCCAAUCUCCGCCCGGAACUCGUACCACCGAGAGCAGCGCAGAGGAGAUGUUUACUUCGCCAUAAAAUACAAAGCGUCGCUGAAAUUCGCCUAAAAGUGCACUCUAAACCUCGGAGAAGUGCUAUAUAAACAGGAGCCAAGAUUAAGCGCAACGCAGCCAUGGCCGAAAUUUCGGAUCCUCUCCGACCAUCUAUGCGGGAUUAUCGCUCGACAUCCAGUAAUAGUGACCAGCCGGAAGUUUUCCUGGACACUGAAGCAAUGGAUGUUGUAGACAAUAUCAAGAUGGAGAGAUCAGACAGUCUGGAGGAGCUUGAACCUUGCCAGUUUUCUAGAAGCUUGAAUUUGAAUUCACGGUCCAGUUCUGGUUCAAUAACUCCAAAGAUAGACCCAACCUCCCCCAAGUCCGAGGAACAAGAACCCAAGCCCCAAGGAGCUCCUCCAGCUUGUGUUGUAUGCAACGAUAAGGCAACAGGGUACCAUUAUGGUGUGUUCACAUGUGAGGGAUGCAAGGGGUUCUUCAAAAGAACCGUACAGAAACAACUUGAGUACACAUGUCGUGGAAAUCAAGACUGUGACAUCAAUCAGCACACACGUAACCGCUGCCAGUACUGUCGUUUCGAGAAAUGUGUCAAAAGUGGAAUGCUUAAGCAAGCUGUUCGUGAUGAUAGAACUCCUGGAGGUCGCCACAGACAUGCUUCCCUUCAGGAUCACAGACAGAAGAAACAAAAAUUACAAGGCAAAGCUCCCAAAGAGCUUCCACAAAAUGGCCUGUCAUCUCCGGAGGGUCCGGAUACUCCAGAGGGGGUGGUAUCGAAAGAGGACGAGAAUGAAUUCCUGAUUUAUAUACAGCAAUUACGACAUGAUGUGGAUGUUAUCCCUGACAGCCCUGUCAAGCCGCCCGAAGGCUCCCCGGCGGCAGGCUUUAGUGUCGACAAGCUCAUGCAAUAUGGCUACCAAGAACUAUAUCAGGUAAUUCAGUGGGGUAAAAACGUCCCAGGCUUCCGUGAGCUGAAACUAGAGGAUCAAAUAACACUCCUGAAGACCUCUUUCAUGGACCUGAAUGUUUUUCGCCUGGCCUAUCGCUCUAUCUGUUGUGACCCGGAUUCCCUAAUGUUCGCCAAGGGCAUUAUACUGAACAAGCCUCAGUGUCUGGAGAUGGGAUGGAGUAUGGAUCUAACGGAGACCACGCUUGAGUUCUGCGCCAAGCUCAGAAAUUUGAACAUGGAUGUGAAUGAGUUUUCAUGUCUAAGUGGUUUGGUGCUACUAAGUCCUGAUGCACCAGGUGUGGUCGACAAAGACAAAGUGACAGAGCUCCAGACAAACGUGACAUCGUGCUUGCGUGACUAUGAGAUGUACCGUUACCCAAGCAAAAGCAACCGUCUUGGUAAACUCCUCCUAUGCCUCCCGUCACUGCGUGCAUACAGUGAGAAGGCCUUGGAAAACUAUGUCACACUUGAAUUCUUUGGCAAACUUGACAUGCCACCUCUUGUAGCAGAGCUAUUGGAGUAAUGCAAGUCAUGUGACAGGUUGAUUGGUGCAAAGCCUAAUUCUAGACAUUGUGUCACGCAAGCUUUUCGUUUUUGAAUGCUGCUGCGUGACCUGUGGUUCUGUGACACUCUUCCACUAGCCUAUGUCACGCAAGCUUUGCUGCUUUUUGCGCAGUGGGGAAUUACUUGCUGUGAAUCAGUAUCAAUCACGUGUGGUUAUUAGACAUUGCUCCUUGCAUUGCUUUGCAUGUUUUGCUCUUUGGGCACCAGUGCAAGUCAUGCUCCUCUAGGAUAAAUCUGGAUGCUAGGCGACACAGCACGGAGUUCAGGUUAAUAUUUGUCCUGCAAAAAUAAGUGUACCAAGAAGUUGCGCGUAUUACAAUGGACUAUGCACUUUACUUCUGUGAUAUUGAAAGCAUGGAGAAGCCCAACAGGGAUGCAGAACAUUGUGAAAUCACCAUGUGAUUAGCAUGCUAUUCCCAAAAUAAUAGCAAGACAAAUCAAUAAAAGGUCAUGCAGUCAUUGAUCAAGAGGUUGCCCAUAAGUUGUGCAUGUGAUGAGCACGUGGUCAGCAGAGUUUACAUAAGACAAGCACAUGGUCAGCAGGACCCAUGAGAUGAGCAUGUCAUGUACAUGUGACGUGCAUGUGAUCAACUCCUUGUGCAUGUGAUCCGCAAAGGAUAGACAGAUUGUACAUGUGAUGUGCAUGUGAUGAGCUUUAUAGCGAAAAGAGGUUUGAGGUACAUCUUAUAUUAGGAUGUUGUUGUUGUAGUUGUAGCAAGUUGAUGCUUUCUGAUUUUGUUUCUGAGGAAAAAUGCAAAUUCAUAGAAACUUUAUGACCAACAUUAUUUUAUAAAGCUAAGCUAAGUUACCAUUUUCAAGACAACUGGGGACUCAUUUGAAAGCUUAAGGAUUGUUGGAUCUUGGCUAUGUUCCAUUCAGUUAAACGAUCACGCAACCCAUUUAACGUAAGCUCUACAGCCCAAACAUUUGUUUUCUAACUCAUAUUUUGUAGAGAAAUCCCAUGGUGGUUUACUUGGAGUUCUUUUUCUCUCUUUUUUAUAGCAGCCCCAACUGCCAGUAGUCAGUUAGUACUUCAUGUAGCAAUCAAUAUGGUUAGGGUCAGUGAUUAGGAUAAAAUAUUGAAGGCUACAUGAAUUACCAGCUCAAUAAUCUCCUACACAGCCACUGACCUCUGUCAGGCAAAACCCAAACCCAGGCAAAACCCAUUCUGGUGACUGCGUAGGAAGAUCUUAGGAAACUACAUACUACCUUCCUUUACAGAUAUUCACACCUUGCAUACCCAAUAGCAUUUUGUUAUGCAAGCACAGUAAAACACACCUACACAUACCUGUCAACACUCUCGCAUUAGGCAGGAGUCUCAAGAUUUUGGACAUCUUCUCCCACGUGGAGCACCAAAUCUCCUGGGUUUUUUGCCUAUUUUCUAUUAAAAUAAUUAAAACAAUAAUUUCCUUAUGAAGCACAAUUUACCUAACACCCACCCCUCCCCAAAACUAAUAGGUUGACAGGUAUGCCUACAAAUUCAUAAUAUAUACAUAACUCAAUUUCAUUUUCCGUGUGUUAUUCGGGCCUUGACCACAUUUAUUAAAUAUGCAGCUAAGGAGUGGGGAAGGGGAAAAGCAGGUUAGAAAAUCUCCCCUGUCCCCCUCCCCCUGGACAAAAAUCUUGGCCUGUCCCUAAGUAGCUAACCACAUAUUUUAUAAUCCUCAUGUAUAUAGCAAAUAUAUUCAUAUACACCACUUUGGAAUUUAAUUCCUAAAAUAUAAAUUGACUCAAAGAGGCAGUAGGAGAAUGCAAAAGAACUGUGAUGUUGUAAAAAACACAUCAGUCUAUUACAUAGGAAGUGACGAGUUACAGUGAACCCACUUUUACCCCAUUAGAAAGAGUGCUAUAUGCACUAUUGUAACCCUUAACAGUUUUAAGAACUAAGCCAAUCAAAACGUGAGCUGUUUGAUUGGCAUAGACAUUGAUGUUUUGUGGGUCAUGCUAUUCAAACUUGCAUCCUAAUUGGCAAACCUGUUAACUUAAGGGUAGAAAUGCUAGAAAAUAACUGGCGUAUACAAGGGAGAUCUAGUAACUAUCAUAUAGCGUGGGUAUAUUCUUCAUGGCUAAAUGCCAUAUAGACGACAACCCCAUAUAACAUAUAAACAAUGACUUACCUUAAUCAACCCUAGGGUUAGCGUUAAGGUUGCCAUGUAUAUGGGGUCAUUGUCCAUAUAGCAUUCAGCCAAAAAGCACAUUCCCUAUUGUAUUAUAUACAUAGCCUGUAAGCUCAGCCACAGGGUUCCCGAGUACUAAACCACAGGGUUCCCGAGUACUGAACCACAGGGAUCCCGAGUACUAAACCACGGUUACCGAGCGCUCAGCCACGGGGUUACUUUUUUUAUUAAGAAAUUUAAAAUAAUUAUAUGAAAUCAAAUUCUCAUCGAUGGUUUAACGAAAUCAAUUGUACAUAUUGGCAAAGAAAGUAUACAUAAAAAUAAAAAUUGGAUACUUUCUUUGACGUAUGAUUUUUAGAAUAGUAAACCGAAAUUGGCGGUGACACCUGUUAGCAUAAGAGGCAGCUCGGGCUACCCAAUAACCGCUGACUUUGUUUGUUGACUGUUUGGCCUGUUAGGCCUGGCUCGAGCGUAAACGGGACGGCCCGAGUUUAAGAUGUUGUUAGCUAUGAUAUCAAAUAUCAUGAAAUAACCAAUAAAUAUAUGAAAAUACCACAA